AUGGUGCAUUUUACUGCUGAGGAGAAGGAUGUUGUUGCUAGCCUGUGGGCCAAGAUGAAUGUAGAGGUGGCUGGAGGUGAGAGCUUGGGAAGGUUCCUGGUUGUCUACCCAUGGACCCAGAGGUUCUUUUACAAUUUUGCUAACUUAUGCUCUGAGUCUGCGAUAAUGGGCAACCCUAAGGUCAAGGCCCGUGGCAGGAAGGUGCUGACCUCCUUUGGAAAUACCAUUAAACACAUGGACGACCUCAAGGGCACCUUUGCACAUCUAAGUGAGCUGCACUUUGACAAGCUGCAUGUGGAUUCUGAGAACUUCAGGCUUCUAAGCAACAUGAUAUUGAUUGUCUUGCAACCCACUUCAGUGAGGAAUUUACCCAAAAGACACAGGCUUCCUGGCAGAAGCUGACAGAAGCUGUGGCUAAUGCUGUGGCCAACAAGUACCAGUAG